AUGGAAGUCAUCAUCACAGGCGGCCAAGGUUUCCUGGGCCAGGAACUUUGCAGGUCGCUCUUGCAGGUAGAUGGUCUCCUGGACGCACAUGGCAAGAAGCUGCAGGUUAGCAAGAUCAUUCUGGUUGACACGACGGUUCCAGUCUCCCGCCUGGGUGUCAAUGCCGACGAGAAGGUUCAGCUGGAAAGCGUGGACAUCACCUCCCCGACUCAGUGCCGUGCACUUCUUGGGAAGGUGAAGAGUGGCCAUGCUCUGUCCCUGUUCCAUCUUGCUGGUGUCAUGAGCGGCGCCGCGGAGAAGGACUUCGACCUCGGCCUCAAAGUCAACCUGGACGGCACGAGGCACCUCUUGGACGCCUGCCGGGCAAGAACGGAGGGAGGUGCUGCACGUCCCAAGUUCGUCUUCACGUCCUCGCUGGCGGUCUUUGGCGAGACCUAUGGAGAGCAGGGACGAGCCGUAGGCGACACGGACAAGAUCGUGCCAAAGAACACCUAUGGCAUGACCAAAGCAGUUUGUGAACUUCUGGUGAAUGACUACACCAGGAAGGGGUUUUUGGACGGCCGCACUGCCCGGCUCCCAACCGUCAUCGUGCGGCCUGGCCGACCAAACGCUGCGACGACAAGCUGCUUUUCAGGAGUCGUCCGGGAGCCCCUUCAUGGCGAGGAUGCUGUUCUCCCGGUGGCCAGGACACUUCCUCAUUCUGUGACGAGCACCCGGGCGCUGAUCUCCAAUCUGGUAAUUCUUCACGACGCAGAGUGGCCCCCGACUCUGGCAGACCGCUCGGCAAAUCUGCCUUGCAGGCCAUGCACGCUGCAGCAGCUCGUUGAUGCCCUCUACGAGGUUGUGCCCGCGGAGGAGCACUCAAAGCUUGGAAAGAUCAUCGACCAGGAGGACGCCUUUCUCAGCCGCGUGGUGGGCAGCAUGGGCUCCAACCUCUCCUACGAGCGUGCUCGGGAGUUGAAGAUGGUCCCCGUCCCGGACCUCAAAACUGUGAUUGAGGAAUUUCUCGAAGAUUUCGGCGACAAGUCUGUUGUUUCGCGCAAGCGCAGGAAGACAGCAUAA